AAGCUUCUGCAACGCUUUAAAGAUCCUGAAAUCAAUUCUGGUCUCGAUGAGAUUGUUAUGACACCACUACCAAAAGGGCAUGGAUUUCUUUACGAACGUCAUCCAACACCUGGAAAACAAUGGUUAGUAGGACAUCCAGGAUAUGGUGGAAGUACAGUAAUGAUGGAUCUCGAAGAUGAUGUAGUCAUUGCCUAUGUAACAAAUGGACUGAAGACAGGAAUGGGCGAACUCACGCGGACAUACAGAUACCUACGAAAUGCCGUUUUCGAAUGUCUAGAAAAGACAAAGGUGGCAAAAGAAGAGAACCUCUGCUAA